AUGCGUCUCUCCACCUCCCUUCUCGCCGCGGCGGGAGCUGUCCCCCUUGCAACCGCCCAGCUCCACGAGCUCGCCGUCAAGGCCGGCCUCCAGUACUUCGGUGCUGCGACUGACACCCCCGGCUUCCGCGAGCGCGAGCCCUACCCCGAAUCUUAUUCCCAAUACGACGCCAUCCUCGAAGACCCCAAGGAGUUCGGCCAGACGACUCCCACCAACGGCCAGAAAUGGCUGUUUGUCGAGCCUGAGCCAGGCGUUUUCAACUUCACUGAGGGUGACUACGUUGCCGAUUUGGCCAACAGGACUAACAAGAUCCUCCGCUGCCACGCCCUCGUCUGGCACAGCCAGCUUGCCCCUUGGGUUGAGACCACCGAGUGGACCAAAGAGGGUUUGAGGGAGGCAAUUGUCAGACAUAUCACCGAGGUGGCUGGGUAUUACCGUGGCCGGUGUGCCCAUUGGGAUGUGUUGAAUGAAGCCCUUGAUGAAGACGGGACAUACAGGAAGAGCGUGUUUUACAAUGUGCUCGGGGAGGAGUACAUCCGGCUUGCCUUUGAGACGGCUGCCAAGGUCGACCCAGAGGCGAAGUUGUACUACAAUGACUACGGAAUCGAGAGGCCGGCCAGUGUCAAGACUGCGGGCGCGGUGAGGCUGGUCAAGAUGUUGAAGGAUGCCGGGAUCAAGGUUGAUGGCGUGGGGAUGCAGGCGCAUUUGCAUGCGGACAACCACCCGAGUGAGGCGGAUUUGAUCAACACUAUUGGGAUGUAUAAGGAGGUGGUGAAGGAGGUCGCGUUUACCGAGUUGGAUGUGAGGAUCAAGGUGCCGGUUGAUGAGCAGAAGCUGCAGUGGCAAAGUGAGUGCUACCAGAAGGUUGUGGGGGCGUGUGUGAAGACGAAGGAUGUUUGUGUGGGUAUCACGAUUUGGGACUUUUAUGACCCUUUUAGCUGGGUGCCCCAUGUGUUUCCGGGUAAUGGGGCGAGUUUGUUGUGGUUUGAGGACUUCAGCAAGCACCCUGCGUAUGAUGGGAUGGUGAACUACUUUGGGGAGUUGAUUGAGGCCCAGGGUGGUAAUUCUACGUGCUCGUAG